AUUAAAAUAAAAAUAAAAAAUCUAUAGCAUCAAGUAUUGAAAAACACCUUUUUAUUAAACAAUUCAAUAGUUCAAUAGUUCAAGUUUUUUUUAAAAAAAGAUUAAAAAGUAUGCCUCCUCGGUUCAAAGAAUUGUACAAGCAGACACGGUCGUCAAAGGACAGUCGACAGAACCGACUUUUGCAGGAGGCGCAGCUAAGACGGUUGCAGAGGGAGCAAGUGUUUAUGGGCAAGCGACUGCGGCUGCGUAAUCCUCAAGACUCAGAGACGGAGUCUGAGUACGAGUUUACAGCAUCCGACAUGACGGGUAUUAUCAAGGGACUCGAGGCAAGUUGCAAAGCUUAUUUGGCUAUUAACGCUUCCCCCUUUUCCUUCUGCCUCUGAUAUUGUAAACACAUUCCGACAUACCAUUUUUUAUUGUGCACUCACCUCAAACAAAAAAAGCAUCUUUUAUUUUAUUUGACUAGUGUAGAGUAGCAAGCAUGAUGAGCGUAUGGAUGCGCUGCAGAACCUCAGUGGUAAGCUAGAGCAGCCAUCGGAGGAACUACGUGAGUUUGUCCUAGAGGGCAAGUGCAUUGAGCUUCUCAUUGGGUUUCUGACGCAAGCAGACGGCGACGAGAAGCUGCAGAGCCUCUGGUGUCUGACGAACAUUGCAGCGUCCGAGGGCCGGCUGGCAGAGCGAGUGCUGCCGGCAACGCCGCACCUCCUUCCGCUGCUGUCCAGCGACAUUGCGGAGCUAACGAACCAGGCGGCAUGGGCGCUGGGCAAUCUGGCAGCAGAGGGCGAGCAAAUGCGCGAGCAGCUAUAUGCCCUAGGCGCACUUGCGCCCUUGGUCAGCCUUCUGGGCACUCAGGACCCGGUUGUGCUGCAGACAGCGUGCUUUGCAGUAUCCAAUAUGGCGCGCAAGCCCUGCUCGUACUUCAGCAGGUUGUUUGAGUUGGACGUUCCACAGGUGGCGGCCAAGCAGCUGAAGCGGUUUGCGAAUGACCCGGAGUGCGUGGCAGAGCUCGCCUGGGUAUUUGCGUACUUGACGGCCGCCAGCAGCGCGCAACAAGUCGACUGCGUCCUGGCAUCUGGCGCUGUUGAUGUUCUUUUGCAGUGCGCGGUGGAUGCAGCGGAUGGUGCGCCCGGCGCCCUGCUUAUUCCGAUCAUUCGCACCCUGGGAAACGUGGCUGCAGGCACUGACGCGCAGACGCACGCGCUAGUGACCAAGCCUGGGUUUGUUGCGCUGUUGGUCAAGUACAUCGAGUCGCGGGCGUCGCGCGCAGUGGAAAAAGAGACCCUUUGGGUGCUGUCCAGUGUAACUGCCGGGCGCAAAGAGGACGUCCACGCAAUGGUCAAUGCUAGCGUAGUGCCCGAUCUCGUGCGUAUCAUCGAGACGCAGGACUAUGAUAUUAAGAAGGAGGCGGCAUUCAGCUUGCUGAAUAUUGCGCUUGUCGGGGAGUGCCUUGAGGACUUGCCUAAUGAGCGAUUGGUGAGGGAGUUUGUGGGCUUUUUGCGCAGUCAGGAUCCCCAGCUCGUGCGCAUGGGGGUGCAGUUUAUUGCGCUGGUGGCGGAUGAUUUGGACGGCGGUUUGGGUGUGCUGAGGCGCGUCGAGGGCGCGAUUGAUGCGCUGGAAAACCUAGUUGCGGUCACGGAGGAUGACGACACCCGCGCGAUGGUGUCGGCGCUGAUCGACCGGUACUACGGCGAAGACGCAGAGGCGGCGAUCGUGCAGUGAUUGAAAAGCGAAGGGAAGGGGGAGAGAUAAAGGGGGUAAGGGCGUGUGACUUUGUGAUUAUCUUAUGCAAGAUAACAGAACCGUGGGGAAGAAAUGGCUGGAGGCAAUGAAGCCAGUGCUUGAUAAAUAAUUUCAGGAUAGGUUUCUCGGUCCCCUUUUCCAUU